AUGCGCAUUACGCAACCGAACGGUCUUCGUCCACAGAUGAGUUCUUUUAGGAUGCAGCAGGGAAAAGAAAAGCUCAUCUUCGUACCCAGUAUGUCCUAUGCUGCCGUCCCACUCUACCGCACCCUCUGUACUGCAACCGGUUUUUCAGGUACACCAAUUGUCAGUAGAAGCAAGUUCUUUUCAGAGCAACUUAUCCUGUCGAGGAAGCGCGAAGAAUUCGGUGCGUUACCCGUGGAGACAAGUCUUACGUUUUACAAGGCUAGGAAUAUGUCGAGCCAGGAUGUCAUUGGGAUUGCUACGUAUAAUGUUUCGCCUGGCCGGAUCGCAACUUGCUUCACCAAGUUCGAGUGUUUCUGCUUUGAGGAACAAAAGCUGUUUGCGGGCAAGGAAGUGAACGUGCUCUUGCCGUCCUUCAUCGGCCAAGACGUACUGAAUGACCCGGCAUGUAAGGACGUUGGUAAUGUUGUGCUCUCGUAUACAUUCUUCCGGGCCCGACGGAAUGAGAGAGGACAGCUUGAUCCAGAUGCACCUGAGGACGGUGUUCGAGCAUCAUCGGGAUUUGACAAGUACAAGCAUGCAGAAGAGAACAAAAAGGAUAGGGAUCAUAAUGAUAGACUCUCUACUCUGGCUAAUGUCGACGAUGAGACAGAACAUCCUCUUGACAUCAGCGAGAGCAUUGAAGACGCCGAAAGCACCGAAUCCGAAUAA